AUGGAUGCCUGGGCGGACUCCAACACUUCGCCAUUUCUGGCUCCAGCCACAUCAAUUUUGAAGCAUGCCGACCCACUUUUUGCCCGUGUGCAAGAUGCAAAAAAAUCCGUUCAGAGUGACUUGGAACUAGCGUCUGGAGCCGAAGCUGAUUCGUCAUCGAUUCAGUCCCAGAGAGAGUUGAUCUUGGCUGUUUGUGAAAAUGACAUGGUCACUUUCGAAUCAAUUGUGCACUCAGAUCCGCAGAUCUUGCGACUGUCUCUCACCGAAAUGACAGGAUAUCCGCUUUUGGUUUUUGCCAUAGUGUUUGAUCAUAUUUCCAUCGCCGAAACGCUUUUAUCCCGCUACCAAGCCGACCCAGACGCUUAUGACACAGAAGGACCAAAGUAUACACCGCUUAUGUGGGCGGUGCAUUUUGAAAACUUGCCUAUGGUCAAAUUACUUCUAGAUUACCAAGCAGACCCAUAUUUGGCACCAAAAGACGACGGGAAGAAUGCAGUUUCGCUUGUCACAAUAGAAAUGCCGGCCAUCUACGAAUUCUUCAAGGGCCAUAAUCUUUUUUCUGCACUGGCGACCAAAGAUGGAAUUUAUAACUCCCCAAUGUCAGCCAACAACCACGAAGUAGACAACUUGGCAGAUCAAAUUAGAAUUUCCAGCAACAUUAGCAACGACUCUGUGGAGGAGGAGCUGAUGGAUGAAGAAGCAGAAUUAGCUUACGAUACAGAGUUGGUCCAAACUCCAACAUACGAUUACGACAAGAUUCUUCCAGAGCAGUGUAUCAAGUUUUCUGACUCGGACAUUCCAUCUUUGCUUGAUUACAUCUUCAACUUGCGCAUUAACUCCACAGUACAUCAACACGAGACAAAAAUCCCAGCAGCAAUCUUAUUCCAGCUCAUGAGAUAUUCGCAUGAUAAGGUGGAUAGUGCUGACUUGACAGAUUUUCUCUUUGAUUGUUUUGUGGCUCGCUUGAGGUCGGUGACAAAUACAAAGUCUGGUGUGUUUAAUAUGGCGAUUACAACUUCGGACCUGAGCAAUGAAAAGAAUGCAGCAGGUGGCGCAGGUGAUAUCGUAUUGAUCAGUUAUUGGCUUUCAGUCUUACAGUUUCUACAUUUCUAUUUCACCAAGGGCCGCAUCUACCACGCAUUUCCACGUUACCUUCAAGAGUUGAUAAACUUAACCCAGUCUCUCGUGGCUACGCUAUCCUUUUCAAUUAAUUCACGCCUCAAUCUCCUAGUGGAUGACUGCUUAAUUAAUUAUACUAAUUUGGUUGACGUGUCUAAUGCUUUGUAUGCCAAAGACUGGAACCUUUUCAAGAACAAAAACAAGAAACACCCAAGUUCUUACGACGACAUUUUAGAUAUGUUGUAUCCUCCAAAAGAAGCGGAAUUGAUGAAGCCUUCUCCGGUCAAGUACAUCCAGGUUUUGGGUGCCUUAGAUUACGUCUUAAAAUUGCAUGCUGUUGAUCCGUUGUUACGCUUUCAAACUUACUCACAGGUGUUUUACUACAUCAAUGCCACUCUUUUCAAUCGCGUUAUAGCCAACUCUAAGAACUGCUCCAGAGUGAAAGCCAUCCAAAUUCGCCUCAACAUUUCUGCGUUAGAAGAUUGGCUUCGCUCACACAAUUAUCAUAUUUACAGACCAGACCGGAUAGGAGGACUCGAGCUUCUUUUGAAUGAAGAACAGAGAACAUUGCCUCUCACCAAUGUUUUGACCGAUAAAGAGAAUACCAAAGACAUUCAGUCGUUAUCGUUCUUAUACAAGUCACUUUAUUACAUUGGAAAAACGCAUUUGUUGCCGACAAUAGAGUUAUUACAGUGGCUUCAGGUGAUGUCUGGCAUUAAGGACGAAGAGUCUUUAGUCAACACGAUUAACGAGUUUAGCCAUCUCAACUACUAUCAGAUUUUCAAGGUGGCAAACAAGUUAUACCGAUACGAGGUGGACGAGCCUAAACUUGCUAAGCCUCUUGUGCAAUACUUGAAGAGCCUCAUGAAUGAGCAGGGCGAGAACCUGGUUUCUCAGACGGGCUUGCAUUAUAUGACUCAGUCAACUUUCUUGCUGAAAGAAGUGUACAUAUACUUGAACCCAAACUAUGUCUUUGCGGUGACCCUCCCCAACUUGAACGAACUUAUUGUCAACUACGGCGCCGGCCUAGGAGGUGUAAAGUUGCUCAGAGCGAAAAAAUACCAGCCUCUGUUACCUGUCUCUGUUUUAGAUGAUGUGGAUGAAAUAUUGACACAAAACAAAGAUAGCGUGAAUGACACCUACGUCUACGAGGAUGUCAACGAAAAUGCCGAAAAUGCUUCGCAAGACUAUGCACCAGAGACAGGAGAGAAGUACGAAGAAAAAACAUUCAAAAGAGCUGAGCUUUUCAAGCAGAUGGAGCCCCCACUGACUCUUGCCCACAAAGAAUGGGGAGCAGAAGACAUCGACUCUAAUCCAUGGUAG